GGCUGAACAUCAUCUCCCCCUCCACGUGUGGGAUGUGUGGCUGUCAGGUGGGCGGAUGCGGAGGUGCCAAGCCGGGAGAUGACAGCGAUCCAACAAGCGGCGCCAAUAAAGUUCUUGCCAAAGACGAGCAGCAAGCCUGUUCCACGGGGAAGAACGAAAACAAUAAACACUACUUCAUCAAUGCGAAUUACUUGAACUUUGUGAAGAAAAUGCGGGAAAUGCACGGGGCAAAUUGGAAGCCGGUUUUGACAGAACAAGAGGCGCUGCAGCAAGGCUUGCUACACGCGAUUCCCGCAGCUGCCGCAGCGAGAAUCACCACCUAUUUCGAUCAGGAAGUUGUUGCACACUCACAGCAGGGUGGAUUUUCGAACGGGCGGACGUCUGACAGUACCUGUGGUUCCUACCUUGCGUCGGCGUCGAAAACAUCAAUCCCGUCUCCGAGCCCGAAAACCAUGCAGGUUUUGAUUAUCCCGCCGCCACCGGAGCAGGUGUUCCAAAGUAGAGAAAAUUCUGGCGAGGAGGCGGAGUGGUCGUCGCCUGGUGUGGAGGUUCAGAAGGACUUUUCACAUUUCGGCGACGCAUCUUCACAUUCAGUCUCUAGUUCAAGACUACACAAAGACGGUGAGCUCGAGCAGCAGAAAGCAGAACCAUGGUCCUGCAGGCCCACUUCG